GGAGGAGCUACGGGCGACCUCCAUAGAACUACAAGUCCCGGCGUGCAUUGCGGCGGCGGCGGCGGCCCUUGGCCGGAAGGUUACGGGCUCUCGGCCCCACCCCGGAAGAUAAGGCGGCUCUCUAGGGCCGUGUCUCCUCUUUGGGCCGCGCUCUGCAGCAGAUCGCCGCCAUGGGCCGCGUGAUCCGUGGGCAGAGGAAGGGCGCCGGCUCCGUGUUCCGCGCACAUGUGAAGCACAGAAAAGGCGCCGCGCGCCUACGCGCCGUGGAUUUCGCCGAGCGACACGGAUAUAUCAAGGGCAUCGUGAAGGACAUCAUCCACGACCCGGGCCGCGGAGCGCCCCUUGCCAAAGUGGUUUUCCGGGAUCCGUACCGUUUUAAGAAGCGGACAGAGCUGUUCAUCGCUGCUGAGGGCAUCCACACCGGCCAGUUUGUGUACUGCGGCAAGAAGGCCCAGCUCAACAUCGGCAACGUGCUCCCGGUGGGCACCAUGCCUGAGGGUACCAUCGUGUGUUGUCUGGAGGAGAAGCCUGGUGACCGAGGCAAGCUGGCAAGAGCCUCCGGAAACUAUGCCACAGUCAUCUCCCACAACCCUGAGACAAAGAAGACGCGAGUGAAGCUGCCUUCGGGCUCCAAAAAGGUCAUCUCCUCUGCCAACAGAGCUGUGGUCGGUGUGGUGGCUGGAGGUGGCCGCAUUGACAAGCCCAUUCUGAAGGCCGGCCGUGCCUACCACAAGUAUAAGGCAAAGAGGAACUGCUGGCCACGGGUGCGGGGUGUGGCCAUGAAUCCUGUCGAGCAUCCCUUCGGAGGUGGCAACCACCAGCACAUCGGCAAACCCUCUACUAUCCGCAGAGACGCCCCUGCUGGCCGGAAAGUGGGUCUCAUUGCUGCCCGCCGGACUGGGCGUCUCCGGGGAACCAAGACUGUGCAGGAGAAGGAGAACUAGGGCUGUGGCUCAAUAAAGCUUGUUUCUUUUCACAA